CAGUGACGGGCGGCGCGGACCGGAUGUCCCGCCCCCGCUGCCAUGUGGUGAGUGAGCGAGCGGCCGCGGACAACAUGAAGUCCCCAAAGGUGAAGAAGGAGAAGCUGGACGACGUGAUGGAGCCAGAACCCGAGCCUGAGAAAACAUAUGAGGACUUGGUGGCGAAUGUCAAUGCGAUUGCGCAGCCGCUGGCAUCGAGGAAGCUGAGCAAGAAGCUGUACAAAUGCGUGAAGAAAGCUGCAAAAGUGAAGCAGAUACGCCGAGGAGUGAAGGAAGUCCAGAAAUUCAUCAACAAGGGCGAAAAAGGGAUAGUUGUAUUAGCUGGUGAUACAAUGCCAAUUGAUGUUUAUAGCCACCUUCCAGUUUUGUGUGAAGAUAACAGCCUUCCGUAUGCUUACAUCCCUUCCAAAAUGGAUUUGGGAGCUGCUGCAGGAACCAAACGACCAACGUGUGCAAUAUUGAUCAAAUCUCAUGACGAGUAUAAGGAAUCAUAUGCUGAAUGCUUAGAUGAAGUGCAGUCACUGCCCCAACCUGUAUGAAGAAAUGUUUCAACAAUAUUACAGUCUUUACUACUUACAUUGACAUUGAAUGCAUUCUUAGUAGUGCACAGGAAGAAUUUGUAAUAUGACAUUUUUUUUCUGUUAGUGCCAGCUGCAGAAUUAUUUUCAAUGUUCAUUUUAUAUAUUUGAAAAAUGUACAGAUGUUAUUUGGUUUGUCUUUUUUGGAAAUCUAAUUGUCUAGCAAAUUAAUUUUCUUUCUAUCAUAUUGAUUUCCUACCUUUUGUUUAAUUUGAGAUAAUAUCCCGGGGUCAUUAUCCCAGGGACAAUUUGAGCCAAUAUCCCGGGGUCAUUUUUGGAUUUGGUUGAUGAGAUUGUGUUUAUCCCCUAAUCACAUCAGCAAUUAGAAUCAAUCUUAAUGAUAAGAUCUUAACAGAAAUUUAGGCGAGCUAACAGUGCUUGACAAGGCGGAUUCAUGUCCAUGGCAAGCUUGUUCCUCUUAAAAACUGUGACAUUGUUUUAGACAAUAGGUGCAGGAGCAGGCCAUUUGGCCCUUCGAGCCAGCACCGCCAUUCAAUGUGAUCAUGGCUGAUCAUCCCCAUUUAGUACCCCGUUCCUGCCUUCUCUCCAUAUCCCCUGACUCCGCUAUUUUUAAGAGCCCUAUCUAGCUCUCUCUUGAAAGUAUCCAGAGAACCUGCCUAAACCGCCCUCUGAGGAAAAUAAUUCCACAGACUCACCACUCUGUGAGAAAAGGUGUUUCCUCGUCUCCAUUCUAAAUGGCUUACUCCUUAUUCUUAAACUGUGGCCCCUGGUUCUGGACUCCCCCAACAUCGGGAACAUGCUUCCUGCCUCUAGUGUGUCCAAGCCCAUAACAAUCUUAUAUGUUUCAAUGAGAUACCUCUCAUCCUUCUAAACUCCAGAGUGUACAAGCCCAGCUGCUCCAUUCUCUCAGCAUAUGACAGUCCCGCCAUCCCGGGAAUUAACCUUGUAAACCUUCCUCCAAUUAGGGCACCAAAACUGCACACAAUACUCCAGGUGUGGUCUCAUUAGGGCUCUGUAUAACUGCAGAAGGACCUCUUUGCUCCUAUAUUCGAUUCCUCUUGUUAUAAAGGCCAACAUGCCAUUCGCUUUCUGCACUGCUUGCUUUGUUUUCAUUUUCGGCGCAAGAUCCAUAACUAAUAUAAGAUGGAAUGAACACAUUAGAGCCCUCACAUUGACCCCUGUUUUUAGAUGGAAUAGCACAUAGACUUUUAAGUCACUUAAUUGAUAUCAGUGGCUAUUUAUCUUGGCUAUGAUGUUUGUAAAUGUCUUUAACAAAAGAACCUGAAUAAUA